AUGUCAAUUUUAAUUACUGGUAGUACUGGCAAAUUUGGAAAAAAUUCAAUCGAAUUUUUAUUAUCAAAAGGUGUUGACCCAAAAUCAAUAAUUGCAUUGGUUCGUGAAGAAUCAAAAGGUAAACAAUUCCAAGAAAAAGGUUUAAAUGUUAGAAUUGGUGAUUAUACAAAUGAAGAAUCUUUAGUAAAGGCUUUCCAAGGUAUUGAAAAAUUAUUAUUCAUUUCAUCAAGUGAUAUUGAAAAUAGAAUUGAUCAUCAUAAUAAUGUAAUUAAAGCAGCUAAACAAGUUGGUACAAUUAAACACUUGGUUUAUACAAGUUUCUUUAGAAAAGAAGAGGUUGAAAAAAGUGGUAAUUCUUCAAUUGGUUUUGUUGGUAAACCACAUAUUAUUGCUGAAGAUUUGAUUGAAAAAUCUGGAAUAAAUUAUACAAUUCUUCAAAAUAUUCUUUAUACCGAUUUCUUAACAGAAUUCUUUUUUGGUGAAAAGGUAUUAGAGAAUGGUAUUUUUUUCCCAGCAGGUAAUGGUAUUGGUAACUAUGCCAUUAGAAAAGAUAUGGCUGAAGCUGCAGUAAAUAUAUUAUUGGAUGAAAAUCAACAAAAACAUCUAAAUAAAAAGUAUAUCAUUUCUAAUGAAGAAAGUUCAUCAUUUGAAGAUGCUGCUAAAAUUCUCUCUGAAAUCAGUGGUAAAACUCUUUCAUAUACAAGUCCAGAUGUUGCAACAUUUGAAAACACUUUAACUGGUUUUGGUGUCCCUCCAGUUUACAUUCAACUAUCAGUUGCUUUUGGUUUGGCCAUUCAAAAUAAUGAGUUUAAUACCCUUAAAACUGAUCUUUCAACAUUGUUAAAUAGAAAACCAACUACUUUAAAACAAUUUUUAUUUGAAACUUAUAAAAAACAAUAA